CACUCGAGAUUGAACUGGCACUCGGCUUUGCAACCGGGACCUAGCAUCCAUUGGGCUCGGUCGUCACUUACCUUUCUUUUUGUGUAUCCCGUUCAGGGAGAGAUGCCUUUAGCUUCCUCGCUGCGAUUUCGCAAGGCACCCGAAAUGAAGACUUUGUCGGCUUUGGCUCUGGUCGUGGUCGUCGUGUCAACAUUCUGCGACGGUACAGACGUUGUCCAGUGGCCCAAAGUGACGUCGUGCAUGACUGGAAAGCAUGGCUUUCGCCUCAGAGACUUCUCCAUCCAGGACUCCAAGGUGGGCCGCUACAUGCGCGUCAACUACACGGUCGACGUCCUCCGUGAAGGGCGAUCGUUCGCCAGUCGUCAAGUUUACCGUGCACAACUCUGUCGGCCUGCGGACUCCUUGCGUGGACGAUUUCGGCUCCUGCACAUACAAGGCCUGCGGGGGAACAAAGUUAACUGAGCGCAUGAUCGGUGCCGGCUGGAACAAUAGUUGCGAGAACAUCCCGUUGGGAACCUAUCAAUCGUCGAUACUUCUCAAGGUCAUACCUGCUGUCCGGCUCGUAAUGGGGAACGGCACAUUCAACAUUCGGGUGGAGGGAAUCACUGAGAAAGGACGAGUUGAAUGCGUCUCUUUUGACAUCUUUAUCGAAGACUAAGUGAGGGUCGGUCAGAGACACGAACGCUAUCGGCUUCCACGCUUUCUCUAUAAAGCGCAGUGAAGUAAUAAAGCACUGCAGACACGUGACUGCCGCUCAUUGA